CUACUGCUAAAAGAAAAAGAAAGGAGGUACGGUGUUGAUAUUAAAUAAAAAGUAUAUCCACAAUGAAUCAGAAUGAAACAAUGGAGGAAAUAUAUGUGGAAGAAGAAGAAGUUGAGAGGGUAAUACAAAGCCUUCCAAAGGUUAACUUAAAGAGCAGCUCACUACAAAUGAUAAAGUAUCAAGGUUUCUGGUAUUACCUUGAUAGUGAAACUCCUAAAUUUAGAAAUGUCCUUACCUUUCAAAAACACUUUGUUGCACAAGACACAGAUAUCUUUGUUACUAGCCUCCCUAAAACUGGUACUACAUGGUUAAAAUCUCUACUCUUUGCAAUUAUUAACCGUCUCAAAUAUCCCAUUGAUCAAAACCCUUUACUCACCCACCAUCCACAAGAACUUGUAUACAAUCUAGAAAGUGGUGUUUAUGGUGAAGCCCUAGCUUAUCCUCACCCAUGCCAUCUUAAAGAGCUUUUAUCACCUCGGGUUUUUGGCACUCACAUCCCUUAUACAUGUCUUCCUGAAUCUAUCAAGACUUCCGAAUGUCGGAUUUUGUACAUUUGUCGAAACCCUUUGGACACACUUGUGUCUAGGUAUUAUUUCAUUCCUCAAUACGCGAAAAUUACUAAAGAAGAUGAUCUUGUACCUAAUGGUUUUGAAAAUUUCUUUGAGGAUUAUUUUGAUGGGAAAUGCUUAUUUGGGCCUUUCUUUGAACAUGUUCUUGAGUAUUGGAAGUUAAGUUUAGAGCAACCAAAUAAGGUGUUGUUUCUUAAGUACGAAGACUUGAAAGAUGAUCCUACAUAUCAAUUGAAGAGGGUGGCUGAAUUUAUAGGUAUGCCAUUUUCUAUACAAGAAGAAAGUGAAGGUGUCAUAAAACAAAUUAUAGAGUUGUGCAACAUUAAGAAUAUGAAGGAGUUGGAGGUUAAUAAGAGUGGAGUUGUUGGCAAAUACUUCGAGAAGAAAAGCUUCUUUAGGAAAGGGGAGGUGGGGGAUUGGACUAAUCAUUUUACACCAAAUAUGGUGGAGAGGAUGAAGAAACUCAUGGAAGAUAAACUUGAGGGUACUGGUUUAUCCUUUAAAUUGCUCCCUAACUAAUUGAUGAUGUGCACUGCUUCCUCUCCCUUAUCUUGUAUUGUUUUCUUAAUGCUUUUAUUUGCUUCCCUUAGUUCCUUCAUCACCUAUCUUUAUGAAUAAAUGUUUAAUUAGUUCUCUCUUUUGGAUGUAAUUUGUGUUGAAUCUAAUGAAUCCGCCAAGCUUUUAUUCUCUA